GUUGCCGUGUUUUAGGGUUUCGUUGCGUUCGUGGAUAGUUUAAGCUUGGUUUCAGCGAGGACUUAAUUUCACAUCACACUGACACACAAAGUUGAAAACUCUUUUUUGUGAAAGACGCGAAGUUUAAAGGGUACACCACUAGAAGUGGAGACGGAGUAGGGCGAGAUUCGAUUAAUUGACGUGCUUGAGGGAAUUAUAUCUUUUCAACUAACAAUUUCUAAAACAAAACUGACUCAAAGCGAUGGCUGGAUUGUCGACAGCCCUGAUUUUCCUCACGAUGGCAAUCACAGGCUACAGCAUGGCCGAGUUCAUUACAAUUGAGCGUGAUAGUGCCUUGGUACAUGUUGAUUUUCUCUUACCAGAUUCUCAUUGCCCUGGGAACCAGCCACAAUGCGGCAAUUUCAACGGUACUUCGCUUUCAAUAUGUUGGUGUUUUUGCCACGAUCAACAAGGCAAAACUACUACUUUUUACGAGUCAAGUUAUGGCUGCCUUCCAGUCAGCGAUGUUCGACAGCAGGCAGGCUGCCUGAUGCUCUUUACAGGCGAGUCAGUGGACCAACGUUUGGUGUUUUUUCCAUCUGAUUCUGUUCUGGAACAAACUGUAGACGUUCCUGCCAACCAGAGGUGCACCUUCUAUUAUGGAAAUCGAUUCUAUGUGCAAUAUCUGGAUUGUACUGGUUCCUGGAGGUCAAUAGAAUCACCAAAUCUGCUUGACACUAUAGAGCUGACACCCGGUUGGUCCUCAAGUCAGCUGAAGAUUAGGAUCAAAGCCGGUACAACACUAUUUCAGAACGUAACUGCUGGUCGUCUCGUUAGAGUUGCAAUACAAUGUCGAAGUGACACUUCUAACGUUCAGUUGACAAGCUCAUGUGUUGUGUUCCAGGUCCAUGGAAAAAUUGACUGUCCGUACCCUAGGCCGACUCUAGCACCAGCAUUAAACGCAGCGACCUUGCCAACACCGGUAGCGGAAAGAUUAGAUGCAACAGGGACUCUUCCCCCGGUGACCACGCCGGCGAAAAAACCAACGACGACCCCGUCUACUGAAGAGGGGGCAACCGAGGUUGAAGCAACUCAACCUCCCAAUGAAGGCGGAACGACCCCGCCCACUAAAGGAGCGACGGGUGAUGGUACGGGUACCGGAGAGGGCGCCGAGACAGGGAAAAGACAGGAAAGUCAGAAGAACACAUUCAUUAUUGCCGGAUCGGUGGCUGGAGGCAUUUUGUUGAUUGCCUUGAUACUGCUCAUCUUAUGGCGCUGCAACACUCCUAAAAAACGACCCAACCAACAUCGCCGUCUAGAAGGGUCAAUUUCCAGUCCAGUAUCCCACAUGAGUCGUAACUCAAUACCAGUCUACACAGACGCUUCCUAUUUGACUCCUAUGGGGACUUUCACCGAGAGGACGAGGAGCAUGGACAACCCAGCCUAUCGAAGGAGCUCGGAUGGAAUAAUUCUAUCGGGUUCGGACAUCAAACGAGGAUCUAUCUAUUCCGAUCGUUUUCCCACAAACGCUCCGCCCAGACCUCCUGCAGGUUCAAAGCGAGGCAGUCUAAAUGGUCAAGUGAAUCCAGCUCUGUCGCUGAGAGAGGAAUUUGUGACAAUGAAUCCAUUGUACGAAGGGCAAGUGGUAGACCACAAGGAUCUUGAACGGCUUAACUGCAGCGACUUUGGAGUUAGCCCCGAUCAGGUUGUUCUGGACACACGUAAGGAUCCAGAAGAAUUCAACGAUAGCACCUACGAUUGUCCUGAGGAAAUACUGAACUCUCAGCCCAGGGCCUCGCCGAUCCCCAUGUAUUAUGUGCUCGAUGAGCCCUAUCCGGACAGCAUCACGAACACCUUUGGGACCACCACUAGAGGGCGCCCAGAUGGGCACGUAUAUGAUGAGCCCGAGGCUGAUCUUAGCAGGAGAAGGGCCUACGUUGUUGUGGACAAUCCCAGAGGUAUACUUUACUCCCACGAAUAUGACGAGCCACCUCGCGACGAGGAACUGCUGAGUAUUCGCAGGCUCAACUCUCCAAGUCACGGCAUUUUAAAGGGUGGAACAGGAUCGCCAAACAACACCAGAUAUUACCUUCCAGAUGACCCAAAACAUGUGCAGGUUAUUUAAUCGAUGGAUGCAGCUUUCUCUCGUCCAACAGACCUGGAGCAGAUGGAGAAUCUUUCUAAUUGUUAGCCGCGCGCAAGGGCCUUAAUGUGCAGGAGACACCAAGGAUCAGGGAGACUAAUUAUAAUUUUUUAAUCGAAUCCCGUCAAAUUUCGCUUACUCCCCUCCUCUCUACUCCACAUCAAAAGUCCUGCGAAGCUGAGCAUAAAAAAGUAUCCGAAAACAGCCCUCCUCCGUCCUUUUUAGAGUUUCAUUACCCUAUACAGUUUUUUCCUUUUCAUUUCUCUUUUCAUUUUACAGAACUCGCUUAAUUCGUGUUCCAUGUUGAUGUUGCAGUAUUUAACUGUUUUUAAAGUCAAACCUAAGAGGUUUCAAACGGAAAGCUCGAAUACCCUCCGAUAAUCCUGCAUAUAUGUCAAUUGUAGAUUGCAGACUACAUUAAGGCCUAAAUCAUAGCGCUUUGGUUAGUCAGAAUAUCCUUAGAGUCGCCUAUUUACGGUUCGUUAUCCCUCGGUAAUGGAAAUAGGAAUACGAUAUUUGUUAAAACAUCUGCAGUUUGUAGUCUGCGGUCUGCAGUGUGCAAAUGUCGCAAAAUACGUCGAUAAACCUCCCCCACCACAUAAACAAGCACACCAAGGUGUUUGAACAAGAAAUACAAUGUAAGCUCAGAGGUUAAUAUAGGAAUUUUAUGGUAUUUUAUUAUAUGACGCAAAGGCUUCCCUCCAAGGGAAUAGGGGAGGAGGUGGGGUUUAAGGGACCUGAUCAAGCUAAUUUAAAACAUCAUUUAGCUCUAGCUGUGGGUUUGCUCCCUUCCUCUCUCCCUGCCUCCUCUCCCGCGAUAUUAAAGUUUUAUAUUACUUGUAUCUUAACGAAAGUGUGUAGCAUUGAAUAUACUCGUAUCGAUGGUCUAAAGGCAAACAGGACUUUGACUUUUGACCAUGAACACCAAAUAGAUUUUGUCCCCACGCGGGAUCGUACAGGCGUGUCAUUCACAUGGGACCUGCUAUCCGCACUCCCUAUCAUAUCCGAACCCUUCAGUGCAUUAUGCGCCUGUUCAACUGGUAGAAACAGCUGACCAGUUCCAUGUAAACAGAUAAACAUUCCCGAGUUUCCCGAGACCUGACCAGGCCUGGACUGACCCAGGUAUGAAAUGGAACCAUUUGGGACCCACGGUCCUGUGCGAAGAGAGCCAAAGUUCCAUGGUGUGUCUAUCUCUAAAACUGUAGUGUUCAGCAUGACGCGCAACAAUAUUUCGUUCUUUCACAGGCAACUCAUAUUGGAGUAUAAUUGUUAUCUUGUGUUCAUUCGCACCUAGUCCUUACUCAAACCCGUCAAAUAUCUAGAAAUUAUCAGGGGCACCCAAAGGACCGUUUCGGUAAAUCAUAUGUUCGUAAGACCUUCAAUCCCCUCCCAUUUUCUUUUAAGAGGUCUUUAGAGAAUUGUCACCUCGAACUUUUCAGAUUGAUAAAAAUAUCAUUUUGGGUAUCAAAAAGAGGUCAGCUCAGAUUAUAAGAAAGGUAACAAGACCCUAAGGUUUCGGAAAAUGGACAAAAAAACAAAAACCCUAAUAAAUUGGAGAAGAAUAACCAAAGAGAACAAAAAGUUAUAGUGCAGCGCUUAAUCAACCUAAGAGCUUUAAAAGCAACCCAGAUACCCUAAAACAGGGUUUUAAAGAAUUUGAGAGAAAAGCUUCAUUGCGUGCCCCUGAAUUAUUGAAGACGGAAUGAACAACAAGCAGUGUUAUGAUACAUUUACAUUGUUACAAUAAGUUACAUUGAAGUGUUAGUUAUUUGAUGAUUUUACAAAGAAAAAUAAACACUAUUGUUUCACAAACAUGAAUUCGAAAGUGAUGCCAAGACAGGUUUUUAAAUGGCUUUAUCUAGAAAUACCACACCAUUCUGAAAAAGACCUCUCAAAAACGUCUUCUCUACAAAAAGUUAUCCCUCCCCCCAAGAAAAUAAAUAAGCUGCGCCAAAAAAGGAAAAUAUGAAAACAUGAGGUAAAGUGUGUGUACAACACAAGUGGCCCAUCAGGCUGGCACUUAUCCCUAGUUUUGGUAGCAUGAAACACCCUGGAGUAUUUCUACAUCCCUCUGGAUGGGAUGCUAGUCAAUAUUAUUGUAGGGUUACCCCCAGCACAACCAUUUAUACAACUGGGUGGACAUAGGCACUGUGAGAGUCAUGCAGUGUCUUGCUCAGGAACACAACAUAAUGGAACAGGAGGGGCAGUUUUUCUCUUCUUGGGAUUAAUAUUUGAAGAGUGUAAAGCAUCAUUAGUGCUCACUGUUCAGUUUGAGUUCCAUUAUUUUCGUAUAAUGAAGUGAAUACAAGUACCUCCAUUGCGGUAACUCCCCCCUCCCUUACAGCAUUUUUCAUUUGGCAAGUGUAAGUAGAAGUUUUCACUGAAGUAGUAUCUAAACAAAGAGGGUCUCCAGAGAGUGUUUGGGAAAAGGGGAACAUUGUUAUUCAUUUCAGAUUUAAGGAACAAA